AUACCCAACGAAAAAAGAUGGUUCCCCGCUUAGCAUUUACUUGGUGUUGAGGGAUAUAGUUGAAAAUAAUUUUGUUUAAUUGUUUUAGAAUUUGCCAAGGAACUAUAUAAAUUAAAAAAAAAAAAAAACAUAAUGCGCAGACGAAGUGAAAGAAAAAAAUCAACUGAUGUUUCUUCGCCAGCUGUCCAAACAGCAUCACGGCGAACCAAUCGACGCCGCAAAUCACCUUCAAUAUCUGAAGAUGACCAAAGUGUUGAACCAAAAAAUAAUGAUAUCAAUGAGAAAAAUGCAUCAGAUGUUGAGGAAAAGGCAAGAGAUUCUAGCGAAGAACAAGGCGGUGGUAGCAUCUUGCGACGCAGGCGAAGUUCUCGAAGUACACGAACACCAAUCAAAGAACUUGAAGAAACAAGCCCAGUUCGGCGUCGUCGUAAUCGCAGAGAGCCAAGCCCGGAGAACAACAUUCCGGCAAUACAAGAGGAAGAGAUUUGCAAUAGCAAUGAUGUAAAUUCUGAAAAAGCGGUUGAUGAUCCCAAAGAAAGCUCAGAAGUUUCGGUAGAUUCCAAACAGCGGAACUCAAAAGAUGAAGACGGACCUGCAUCACCGGAUGGUAAUAAGAAACCGAAAGACAGUGGUGAUGAAAAGGAAGAAAAUCAAAAAUUGGAAGUGAACCAAAUAGGACAACUUAAAGAAGUUAGUCUUGUAGCUAAGACCGAUGAAUCCAAUUCAAAUGAUGAUCGUCCCAAUAGAAUUGAUGAUGAUGAAUCUCGUUCCUCUGUAAAAAGUGUGAAGGAGACCGCUUCGAUUGAAGAUCAAGACGAAAAAGACGAUCAAGACGAGGUCAAACUGUAUACCCGAGAUAAUUCUCCAAGAUCACGUAGCAACAGUAGCGAAAGGAAGGAAAUUAUGCCAAAAAGAGCCGAAUUAAAGGAAGACGAAGAAGAAACUGAAGAUGGUGAAGUUGUCGAAAAGGAAGAAACUAAUGACGUGAAGAACGAUGUCUCGCCCAAAAAGGAUCACCAUAAGUUGGAGGAGGUAAACCACAAUCAAGACGGUAAAACUAAUGAAACCUCUAAUACCACUGCAGCAGCAGAUACAGGUCGCCACAUUGUUAGCAGCAACAACUCGACAACCGUCGCAACAACCAGUACCCGCAAACGUCGCUGGAUUACUAAGAAAGCCACUGAGAGCAAAGAGCCCAUUUUGGCCAUAUCCACUGAUUCGUUGAAGACUCUGAUUGCAGACGUUCAUCCUGUGCCGUUGAGCGAUGUGCAAUUAGAGUCUUCAUCUGAUGUAGAGGAUGUGACCUCAGAGCGCGAAGAAGGCGAGCAGUCCCCUUCUCCAGAGCCGGAAAGACGCCGUAUUUCUCCAGAUAAAAUUGAAAUAUCUGUAAAGCCCCGACCCCAAAAGGAGAUCAAUCGUCAAAAUCAAUUGAUCCCCGCUAUUGGCACAGUGCCGGGCCCAAUACAACGUUUACCAAGUCCCGCACGUAAUCAGGCCAGCUGUGUUUUAUACAUCACAAAUUUGGUGCGCCCUUUUACAGUUUUGCAACUAAAAGGUCUAUUAGCGAGAACAGGCAAAAUUGUAGAAAAUGGUUUCUGGAUAGACCGUAUAAAAUCAAAGUGUUUCGUGGAAUAUGAAACUGAGGAUGAAGCUAUUGAAACACGUCAUGCUUUACAUGGUGUUCGCUGGCCUGCAUCAAAUCCCAAAUGCUUGAACGUUGAUUUCGGCAAUAAAUCUGAUAUGCUAAAAGCAAUUGAAACCACCAAAGAAGAGGUGCCUAAAUUUGGCCAAGAAACCAAUAAGGAUAAUGUUAUUGUGGGUUCGGGCUGGAACAGAGACCGCCAUGAAGAGGAAAAAAGGGGCUCUCGACCGGUGCGCGAAUGGGAUGUAGGCAAAAAAGAGAAUUUAGAUCGCGACAACAAGGGUAAUAGGGACAUGGAAAGACGUCGGGAACGUAGCAGAGAACGAGAACGGGACAACUCUAGGAACAAGGAACUCGAGCGCAACGACAGAGAUAGAAACGAUCGCGAAAGGAAUGAACGCGAUAAGGAGCGAAGAAGGCGUGAUAGAGAAAUCAGAACAAACAGUUUAUCACCAGCACGAAAGCAGAAGAAAAAAGAUGAUCCUCCACUGAGACUUUUGGAUGACCUAUUUCGUAAAACUAAGGGAACUCCAUGUAUAUAUUGGCUACCUUUGACUCCAGAACAAAUCGCUGAAAAGGAAGCACUUCGUUUAAAGAGGCUGGAAGAACAACAACAACGACUCAAACAGAGAGAACAGGAACGCGAAAAAGAACGUGAGAGGGAACGGGAACGCAGAGAUAGAGAUCGCAAUCGACGCCCGAGAUCGAGCGAUCGCAGACGUUCACGCAGUCGCGAUAGACGUCGCUAUUAAGUAGACCAGUCGGUGGUAUAUUUCUCAUUGCAGAUCAAACAUCCUUUGACAUCUUUGUUGAUGUCUUCUUUUUCCAUAUGGUCUUUAGGGUCAUAUCGUCGUCAUUAAUUGGAAAUGUGUAUUUUUUUCAAGUAUUGAGAACGUUGUUUUUUUACAACGUUCCAUACCAAGUAGAAAUUGUCCUUAUUUGAACCAACAAUGAGAUGGUUUUAUGUUUUAGAAUCAUAAGUAGCUUAAAGAAAAAUCUAUUCUGAACUCUGCAGAUACAGGUUUCGUUAAGACAUUUCAUUUAGAUAUAAAAUCAUCUUAUUGUUAGGUUUUCUUGUCUGCAAGCGUUAGGUAAUUUCCCUAGCCCAAAAAGAAUAUAUUCCUUUUUCCAAUUUCACGUUGUAUAUUACCUUCUUUUAUACAUUUAUUUCCAAAUGUGUUUUUGUUUUUAUCUCUUUUUUUGUUUUCUUUUAUUAAAAACAUUUUGAUCUUAAGAACUUUUAGCAUUCUGCAUAAAAUUUGAAUUUUGAUCUGCCACCUUAUAUAACGUACUGCUAUCAACACCCAGCCAAGUCAUGUUUGCCCUGGUAAUGACGGAUUCCCUUUUCUGCCAGACAACAAAAACAAACAAAAAAAGAAACAACAACAGGGAUAAUAAUACAGUCAACAAGAUUCUUCAUUCAACGCCAGCCAAAUUAUAAAUAGAUUUUGAAAUUCGGCAUAUAUUUUGAUUUCUUCAAAAAUCUAUAAAUAUCAUACGUACUUACAUGCACAUGUAUGCUAUGACAAAAUGCAGACUAACCUCAAAUUUUUCGCUAAUUUGAAUCGUUGCGAUAUGGUCGUGUGACAUGAAGUUGGAAAAUCCCUACAUUAACGAUCAAAACUCACACGUAUCCUCGCCAUUAAGGAAAACAACAAGCAUUAAAUUCCAAUUACAUACAAAUCAAUAGAAUAUUGCAAUACAUAAAUGUUGUAACACCCACUUAUUUAAACAAUAAAAAAUACUACAUACAAUUA